GGCUGGCCACAGCUUAGUCCCUUCUGUACAGAGCUGUACAGAGCCCACAGAGGCAAAGUGAUUUUCUGAUGUACCCCCACUCAGUAUGCAAUGUGGCAGGAUCGUUGAAAGAAGGAAUAUUUGUCUUUCUUAUUGAAACGAGAGACUACAAUCUUUACUAGUAGUCCUGGCAGUACGACGUAUCAGUAGGUAGUGGUAUGAGUCGAACAUACCGCACUAAGUCUUUUACUGGCGAAUGUUGUGGAGAGUUCUAAUGGCAAUUAGUAAUGUAUUAUUUUCGGAUAUGUUCGCUUCAAUAGUUUGGAUCGUUUCGCUGCUCAAGACUCGGGUGCACCAGCAACUACAUCGAGAACCCCUUUCUCGGAAUGUCUUGUUAAUACGGAACAUCAGUCAUCCCAGCGUGAUCCACCCUGCUCUCGCGCUGGCGCCAUGCGCCACGUCAUUGAUCCUCACCUUGAAAAGGUUUUUGGUCAUGAUGGCACUGUCACAGGGUGCCCAUAUUUUGGAGCCGAGCAGUCUUUUAAAUCUGCAUCAUUUCAUAGUGCUGGCGCCUCGUAAUCCGUCAUCAUAUAAAUUGAAUGUGGUCGAGUCCCAUAAUCCUCAGAGACAAUCGACUCGUUGCACUCUUCCUGGACGUGCCAUAACACCAUCGCGUACACCACACAAUCACAAAAUUUGAUCGUACCAUGAAGAUUCAGUUCACCUACCUCGCUAUCCUUGCCGCUGCCUCCGCCGGGGUGAAGGCUAUUAGUGAAUCCUGUGUGGAUUUUUGCUACUCCGAUGACCUUCAAUGCGAUCCAACCUACUAUCCCCUCUAUCAAGAUAUCUCAGGCUGCUGGAUCUGCUGCAAUGACACCUGAGGGGUAGUCAUCGAGUUUGUGCAGAUGAUGUAUUUUGUCUGAUUACCUAAUAUCAUAGGUUCUGAAGUCGCUGCGGAUGCCACUGAGUAAAUCGCGAUUCCAAUGAAAAUCAUUGAAAAAUAUGUUGAUGCUGAGAGGCACAGUGACCGAAC